UCUACCUGUCAAUUAUAAGGAAAAUAAAUAACAAAGUAUGACAAUAUAUUAGGGGAGAAGUGCAUUUGAAUUAUAUUGUAAUGUAUGUUUUUUUCAAUUAUCUCUGUAAAUAUAAAAAUCAAAAUAAAGUCUUAGUUGGACAAUCAAAUAAAGUUCUUCAACACAGUUAAAGCAUAAGAUAUAUUGAAUAAACAUGUAUUGGAUAUAGCAGAUAAACCCGUUAUGAGUAAAGGGAAGGGAGAAAUUGUACCUUCGGUCAGGAUACAAAGUGAAAAAGACUCCCUGUGUUGUCGGUAUUCCAACAACAAACAGUUUAUCGUCGCAGGACACACGGACGGUGUAGUAAAGGUAUAUGAGUCUAUGACGGGUAAACCAGUCAAUAAAAUGAGCAGAGAAGAUGUAAAAGAUGAAGUUCCCGUCACAAGUGUCCACUUCAAACCCCAACCGGGCAAAGGCGAAACUACCAACAUUCUUACAACAUACACAGAUGGGAAAGUAAUUCUGUGGAAUUAUGAAACAGGAAAAAAGAUCAAACAGAUAGAAGAAAAGAGGCAAACCCUUGGCGCCACCUAUCAUCCAAAACUUUCCAAGUUUCUGACACUCGGCGAUGACUCUGCGAUAUACCUUUAUGAUGAAGAAACUAUGCGACUCGAACACACUUACGAAAAAGGCAUGGUCUCUUCCGUGGUGGACGGCCAUUCCUCUCGAGUGUUCGCCGCCAUUUUCCAUCCUCUGCAGCAGACAGAGUUCGUAUCCGGGGGCUGGGACAGUGUGGUCCACUUCUGGGACCUACGACAGCCCAAUUCACUCCGGUACAUCAAAGGUGUCCACAUGUGUGGAGAGGGCCUCGACAUCAGCAGGAAUGGCCGAGAGCUGAUGACGUGCUCUUAUGUGAGGGAAAACGCAUUGCAGUUGUGGCAUUAUCAGACUGGUCGGUUGUUGGCCAACGUAGAACCAGACCCUUACAAAUCAAUGCUAUACUGCGGUCAGUGGAUGACGAACGAGACUAUGUUAAUUGGAGGCACAGACCCCAACCUUUUGAGGAUUGUGUCACUCAAGACCUUGUCUACUAUGAUGUCGUACAGAGGUUCUUCUUCCGGCGUCUACAGUGCUGAUCAUUGCUUCAAGAGUGGGAGACAAUCUAAAAAAGACGCAUCUGUUGAUUUGAAAAUUGUAUUUGCGAUUGAUAAAUCGUUAAUUGAAUGUGAAGUCACCUUAUAAAUUAUUAAACUUAUGUUUGGCCUCCAUUUUAUAGAUAUAAUUGGUA